CAUAGUGCCACCAGUCUUUGAACUGUAUUCAGAGGACUACUCAUCCUUUACGACUAGACGAACAGCGGACCUCCACUCGCAAACCGUUCAAAUCAGACGCUAAAAAAUGUCUCCUCUUCAAAUAUGUCACUUUGCUCAAAUCGCGGUUUUCAUUGGUUUAUAUUUCUUGGCAACGGUGCAAAACCCGGAUGAAUUAUGGUUACGUCGUGGAACAGUCGGGCACCGGUGGGGCAUCCCGAGUCUACAUGCUACCACGGAUGAGGCGGAGCAGGUUGCAAGUGGCAAAGGAAGGAAUGUUGUGCAAGAAGUAGAAAGUGGAGGUGGCGCGGGCUAUGAAGGAAGUUAGGAUUGAGGCACAGUCUUCUGUUGACUGACGCUCGGGUACUAAGGUUCUAGAAGGACAUGUUUUUGUCUCAUAUUCACCUCGAAGUAGAACCUCAACCCGUCAGAUUUAAGAAUACCCCUCUUCUAAGUAUGCGAUCGAACAGCAAGACCGACUGACAGCCCUCCGACUUUGUCACUCUUCUUGCAGAUAUCCAGAAGAGGAGCGGGAAAACGCAACUUGUCCUUGCAUCUGCCUUUGUACGAUUUCAAGAGCAUUACGAGGGCACAGACAGUCGCUUCCGGCACAAAUUUUCAACCGGUUCAGCGGCCUGAACAUCCCGCUAGAACCAAGGAGCAGAUCUUGAAUUGA